AUGGUGGCGUCGACCAUUAAAUAAUAAUUUUCAUCGUCUGGGAGAUUUUACACAGCUCUUCCAAGAACUGAAGACCAGUGAUCACGAAGAAUUCUUUAAUUACACAAGAAUGACUCCUGACCAGUUUGAUUGGUUGCUAGAGAAAACGUCUCCGUAUUUAAUAAAACAUAGUAUGAGGCGUCCGUUUCCACCAGAAUUGAGACUCGCUAUCACUCUUAGCUAUCUUGCACAUGCUGAUAGCGUAUGGUUGAAAAAAUGGUCUUUUCGCAUUGGUCGUUCAACAGUAUAUAAAAUUAUUCCUGAGACAUGUCAAGCUAUUAUAACAGUUCUUCAACCAAUAUAUUUACCACCUAUGAGACGGGAGGACUGGUGGAAAGUAGCUGAUGAUUUUUACGAAAAAUGGAACUUCCCUAAUUGUAUAGGAGCAGUUGACGGGAA